AUGUGCAUGUGUAAACAUUGUUUGCCGCCAAAACUCAGUAUGAUCGUGCCAAUAAAAAAGUAUUAUUUAUCACUUAAAUAAUAUUAAAAUAUCAAUGAAUUUUAUAUUCGUUUCAUUUCAUAAAGUGUUAUUUUUGUUAUUUUGUAGAGAUGGAAAAUUUGAAGAAUGGGCAAUUAUUGAAUUGCAGGGUGAUUUGAAAUUUAACUCCACGAAUAUUACAAAUGUAUAUAUUGGAGAUUUACAUUUCACAAAAUCUGGUACACCUAUACUCAUAAUCGGCAUUCAUGUAUUACAUGGAAAACAAAUGGUACUUCCAAAACCAUUUGCAGUUUUAGUGAAAAAAAAGAAUGAAGAAGUUAAUGCAACCAACAUUUUUGAAAGACAAACAGAAUACAUUAUUAAAGCACUUAUAAAAAGAAAAAUAAUUUUUAGGUCGAGACCUAAACCUAUUGUAACAAAUGUUCCAAAAUUUAAUUAA